UACACUGACAUUUCUAGUUUAAGUUUUUGCACUUAUUUGUUUAUGUGGAAUGUCAACUAACUGGAGAUCCCAGAAGCUAAAUAUUGAAAGAUGCGCAUUUGCAUGGUGUCAGACUUCUUCUACCCGAGCAUCGGUGGGGUGGAGGAGCAUGUCUACAACCUUUCGCAAAUGCUGCUCAGCCUGGGUCACAAGAUCGUCGUGCUGACCCACGCCUAUGGAGACUGCUGUGGCGUUCGCUAUGUGACAGGUGGCAUGAAGGUAUACUAUCUGCCCAUCAAGGUGUGCUACAACCAGUGUAUCCUGCCCACUGCCGUUUGCAAUGUGCCAAUGCUGCGUGCGGUUCUUCUCCGGGAGCGCGUGGAAGUUGUGCAUGGUCACUCCGCCUUCAGUGCACUAGCCCACGAAGCGCUGCUAGUAGGCUCCCUCCUGGGUUUAAAGACUGUUUUCACGGAUCAUAGCCUUUUUGGCUUUGCGGACUUGUCGGCCGCUCUUACCAACAAUCUAUUGGAAGUCAACUUGGGCAUGGUGAAUCAUGCUAUCUGCGUAUCUCACAUAGGCAAAGAGAACACUGUAUUACGUGCUCGAGUCGCUAAACAUCGAGUUUCCGUCAUCCCCAAUGCAGUGGACACUGCUUUGUUUACCCCUGAUCCCCAACAGCGACCCAGCAAUGACCUAAUCAACAUUGUAGUGGCAUCGCGUCUAGUCUACCGCAAAGGUAUAGAUUUGUUAGCUGGCAUCAUUCCGCGCUUCAAAAACAAUCCUAAUGUGAACUUUAUUAUUGUUGGCGAUGGACCCAAGCGGGAUUUGCUGGAAGAGAUUCGCGAGAAGACAAAUAUGCAGGAAAGGGUGGAGAUGGUGGGCGCAGUUGAACAUGAUAAGGUACGCGAUGUCCUGGUACGAGGCCACAUUUUCUUAAAUACGUCACUGACUGAGGCCUACUGCAUGGCCAUUGUUGAGGCUGCUUCCUGUGGCCUGCAAGUGGUGUCAACUAGUGUAGGUGGAAUCCCAGAAGUUCUGCCGAAGAGUCUAAUACUAUUGGCGGAACCAGACAUAGACGCCAUACACGCUGCAAUUUUGGUUGCCAUCGAUCGGCAUCAAAAUAGUUCUUUUAAGAUAAGUCUUCCUUCCAAUGGUCAUUUGUCGUCAGAGACUAAUGGAAAAAGUAGGAGACGACGCCGCAAGAAAGUGGAUGCGCAUACAUCUCAUCCACAACUGCCAUCAUCCUCUGAUCCACCUACCGAUCAGGCUAGCUACACAGCGCCGUUGAUGUGUCCCUACAAAUGUAAUGAAUUGGUGGAAACGCUGUACAACUGGGAGGACGUGGCCCUCCGUACAGUGAAAGUAUACGAUCGUGUUCUGCAAGAGCGGUCUUUCACCACAAGCGAACUGGUGUUUGCUGUGUGGCAACAUGGAUCCUGGUUUCUUGUCUUCUUCGUAGUGGCACACUUCUUGGUGCGACUGCUGGAGCUUUGGCGUCCUCGAAAUAGAGUUGAGCUAGCACAGGAUAUGCAACGAUUACCCAGCUAGCGAAGACCAAACGGAUUUCAUUCUUCCGUGAACUAGUCAUAUUUACAUUUAUACACUUAAUGUCUAGUUAAGAGUUAACUUGAUGACAGUUUGCUUAAUCUUCCGUAAUCAAUAUAGCCACAAAAAUUUUAGUCCUUAUACCAACCAAAGACUAAAGACAGGAUCCUGAUAACAGAUUAUGAAGUAUUUGGAUCUUAUUAGAAAGCACCGCUAGUCGACUAUUAAACUUUAAAACUAUUUUAAGUAUUGCAAAAA